AUGCACUCCCUCCGCUCCUCCGUCCUGCGUCGCUCGCUCACUCCCUCCCUGCGCUCGUACGCAACCGGUCCCAAACCCUCCUCCACGGACCUCCCCGUCGCACCCCCACACAACUCCCUCCCCUUCGCCGCCCCCUCCGCGUUCGAGGACAAAGACACGACGAAGGGAAGCGGGUUGGGGCAGGUCAAGAUGCCUGAUAUGGAGCGUGUCGAGAGGGGGAGUUUGAGGGCGGAAGAGGAGGUUGGGAGGGUGCCGACCGCCCCCGACACCUACCGCACUUCCUCCUCCUCCCCGGACUCGGACUCGCUCCCCUCCAACCCAAUGCCCUCAAUCUCCACCGCCGCGCAUCCCUCGACUAUGCCAGGUGGUGGACCGAUCUCGAACGUGACGGGCGAAGAUGUGUUGGCUGAUUCGGAGACUUCCUCGAGUGCGGAUGGAGGACAUGGGCAGGGGAAGGGGAAGGACAGCAGGGACCGCCCGCUGAACGAGCAGGAGAAACAGGGACUGUACGUGCUUGCGGGGAUCGUCGUGGGCGGGUUGGGGUUGUCGACCAUCACGGCGCCGAGGAGGAAGCAUGAGUAG